GCUCCCGCUCCGUGCCCUGCGCUGUUUGGGGCUGCCCCGGUUCUGUACCGGCACAUCACACCCCCUCCCUUCCUUACCGAGGUUAAACGCAUCCCGCUGAGCUACAGGCAGCCGGUGCUCAGCGCCCUGCUGGGGGUGAGCGGGGGUUGCGCUGUACCCAGCCCCGGGGGGAGGCAGAGCGGAGGGGGCUGCCCCGGUGCCAACCCCCGGGGGUGGGGGGACACACAGCGCCCGGCCCCGCUGUGUUCGGAUCCCGCCUCGUUUUACUGUGUGGAGAGGGAGGAAAAAUCCCAAACCAGCUGCGUAAAUGAGUAUGGAAGAUUAUGAUUUCCUCUUCAAAAUUGUUUUAAUUGGCAACGCCGGUGUGGGGAAGACCUGCUUGGUGCGACGUUUCACCCAGGGUCUCUUCCCACCAGGCCAAGGAGCCACGAUCGGGGUUGACUUUAUGAUUAAAACUGUGGAGAUAAAUGGUGAAAAAGUAAAGCUGCAGAUCUGGGACACGGCAGGACAAGAGCGAUUCCGCUCCAUAACACAGAGCUACUACCGCAGUGCCAACGCCUUGAUACUGACCUACGACAUCACCUGCGAGGAGUCCUUCCGCUGCCUCCCUGAGUGGCUGCGGGAAAUCGAGCAGUACGCCAGCAACAAGGUCAUCACUGUGCUAGUGGGUAAUAAGAUUGAUUUAGCUGAUAAGAGGGAGGUCUCCCAGCAGAGAGCGGCGGAGUUCUCCGAGGCGCAGGACAUGUACUAUCUGGAAACCUCAGCAAAAGAAUCAGAUAAUGUGGAAAAACUCUUCCUGGACUUAGCCUGCCGGCUGAUCAGCGAGGCCCGGCAGAACACCCUGGUGAACAAUGUCUCAUCCCCAUUACCGGGAGAGGGUAAAAGUAUCAGCUAUUUGACUUGCUGUAAUUUUAAUUGAAGAGCUGGGAUGUGAUCCCCCAUCCACCAUGGGCCCUGAAGAUUUUUCGCCAGGAUUUGUCUCCUCGGAUUGAAUUCCGCCUUGACCCAUCUGACUUCCUCGCAGUCAGGUCGCAGACCUAGAAGCAUGGCAGGCUGACAGCUCCAGCUGCAUGGCAACGUAGCAGAAUAUAACGUGGUUCACAUUUAAUUUUUCUUGCAGUCUCUGGAGUGGGUUAGGAGAAAGGAGAGUUGCACAAGAGCUUCAUGUGAUGCAGAAAAUGAGCUAUUGCGUUUCCUUCUGGGAGAGAUUAGAGCAACCUCUCUUGGGGAAGAUUUGGAAGAGGUAAAAAUCUCUCUUACAGAACAAUGUGUUUGUUCCUUUUUAAAAGAAGAAAAAAAAACAACGAUGAGCACUGACCCAGGACUUUGCUGGCAAUCUUGCGGGCAGCCAGCUGAGUGAAUUCUUGGGACGUGUAUAUAGAGUCUUUGUGGAGGAAGGUGUUUGAAAUUGUGUUAUGUCUCUCAUCUACAGGCACUUUCAUGGACAUGGAAUAAUAAUAAUUAAAAAAAUGUUAUGCAUCUCAACAUUUCCAAACAGCAGUUUGAGAAGACAUGGAUACAGCUCCGUUGCUCCCUUUGGUGCUAGCAGUUCAGCAAAUAUUCCAUAGACCAAAUGUAGUUUUACUACAUUGCUGUCCUCUGAAUGUGUAACCUAUACUGAUUAAGAAAAGAACACUAAUAAGCACUGUUCAUUAAAAUCUCAUUACCUCUUUUUCUAGGCCUGAACAUAGCGAGAAGUGACUGUGCUUCUUUGAUCACUGCAGGAUGAAAAGGCUUCCUGGAAAUAUUAGAAACACGUAACUAAGAAAGUGUCCCUCCUCUAAUUAGUAAUGUCCAAAAGUGAAAAAAUGCCUUGGAAAAUGUUACUGGAGGAACAGAAGAAGUGCACCAGACAUGACCAAAAUGUUUUGUGUGCGCUGAUUGUGCAGAAGGGUUCAAAGAGAGCACAGUUCAAGUGGCAGCCUGCAAUAUGUCUGGGUUAAAAAUAAAGCUUGUAGAUAAAGUUCCCUCUGGAAAGGCAGGCAUACAAUUUUGUAGAGAUUUUCUUUUUUUAGUGCUAAAUGGCAUCGUUCUGUGUCUGACCCUUCUGGCGAUCUCCUUACGGAACUGUUCCCUGAGAAGCUGGGGAUGGUAUCUUCUUGACCUCUCUGCUACAGUAGCUUUCACAUUCAGGGCUGUAGAGUCUUUUGCUUUACUCAAUGCUUAGUGCUCUUAAUCUCAGACUCCAGCGUAUGUGUAACUAUUUAGGCAGUUCCUUUCUACGAAGCCCCUGAAGUGGAAGCGUUACAGAGUCUGUGUUAUACCUCGAGUGCCAUAUGCGAACGAUGCAAAUUUACACACUGACUUUAAAGCAGAAUUGGAAGAUAUCGAAUGCGCACACGGGAGAUGGGUUUUAGAAGCUUGAGUUCGGUUUAGCUGAUCCAGGUAUAUCUCUCCUGACAAUUACAUGGCUGUGAUAUGCUGUAUUCUAAAGUUAAUAUCAUUCGGCAUUUACUGAGGACUAUAACAGAGCUUUUGUAUUGACGUAAAAGCUGCCAGUAAGUUCCUCUUGAAAAUAAUAAUAAUAAUAAUAAAAAGGAAAAGUAGCAUUUUAAAAUGCUUUUUCACAUUUUCCUGGAAAGAUUUCUUUGGGUUGUAUCAUGGCGUGCCUUUGAUCAGUAAUGGUGAUAUAUGUAUUUGAGAGAGAGGGGAUAGUUGUGUCAUAUGGCCAUUUAAAGUAUUUUCUCGCUAAUUUUACGUCACUUUCUGCUUUCAUGAUUAGUGCUAAAAAUUAAGAAGUAGAAAUUGUGGUACAAAUCUUGCUUGUCAUUGAGGUAAGACUUUGCAAAGUGCUGCUGCAGGCAUUACAUUUUGGGGAAAUACGACUGAUGCGCUGGUCUGCACCGGUCCUUUUUGGUCGCUGCUCAGAAAGGUGUGGGGCUUCAUGGCUUCUGCUCUUCUGAGUUGUGUGGUACAGCUUAUGAGAGCAUUGUCUUUCUUGAGCAUUCCCCAGGUUGCCAAAUGCAGCCUGAUCUGAGCUUGCUCAGACCACCCAAUACCAGAAUAGCUGCUUCUGUUUAUAGCAAGACUCAGGGUGUUACAGGUAAGGAAACACUUGAGUUAAAAAUCAGUAUUCCAUGUGUUCAAUCUCUAAAAGCUUUUACUCUCUAGAUGCUGGGCUUGAUAGUAUAUAAUUGAGUAGAGGGGCAGCUCUGUGGCCAAGUGAACUGAGGAGGAAGGAGUCUGCCCAUUGAAAUGCCAGCAGGUUCAGCCUGGCUCCCAAAACCAUCAAAGCUGGGCAGGUAAAUCUUAGUGAAUAUCAGUAUCGGUGCAUUUCCAAAUGCUCCUUGUGUCAUUUCUGGAAGUUGUACUCUAAUACAUCAUUAUGACUGAACUAAUCAAAUAGCAGAAGCUGCUAACAUUAUUUUCUUGAGAAUUCUCUUGGAGGUUUCCAGAAGGCAAAGUCUCUUUUUUGGUCCUUUCCUAACAUGUAGAUGGCUAUUUUGGAGGCUCGCUACCUACCUGCAAGCACUGGUUCUUAUUGCUAAAAAAUCUUUGUGCAAGGCCUCCACCUCCAGACAGCAAUGUGCUCUUCCAGAGCAGUGGAGUGCUGUGGUAGGGCCAAUGUUGCAUCUGACUUCUCCAGGGACAAAUCUGAAGCUAUUCCUUUCAAAGUUAAUUCAGUGUAGACUCUUAAGAAAUUGAAGUGAGGGUGGUAUGUUUGAUUUUACAAGGUAAUAAGCCAAAGCUGCAGCUUGAAACAUGUUGGGGUUUUUUUUCUGCAGUUAACAAACACAGUACUGCUUCAAGAGGCAAUGUUUUAUUGCAGCAGCUCCUUUGAAGGAGUGAUAUUUCUCUACCUUGUAAUAUCCCUCUGGGACAUAAAGCCCAUCUUUCCACCUAGCACUGAGGACUUAUCUUCAGAUCUGAUCCUCUGCUGAAGGCUCUGCGAUCAGAAGAGGAGCUUUUUCAACUGCUAAUGACACCGUAUAUUGUAGCAGAUUGAUCAGAGUUGAAAAACUGAAGGAGAUAUAAGAAUACAAAUCCCAGUUAUCUCACAGUUGUCUCUCCAACUCUGACCAGCACCUUGCUGGAUGACUGGGUUUUUGAGAGCUGCCCGUGAAAGCUUUGUGAUGCUCCCUGGGUUAGAUGUCCAAAACCCACACAGAAUUGAUGCGAUGGGCCAAAUUUGACUGGAAAUCUUCUCCACUAUCAAGAGAGCAUGGCAUUGCUUUUGGCAUAGCUGCAGGGUUUUGAUGCUUUUUCAGGGUGGUACACACAGUCAUGGUGUAAUCUUCUUAGUUCUGGGUGAAAAGCGGAUAUUUAUAGUAGUGCCCUAAUUAAACCUUUUCUUUAAACGUUUUAGCACAUUGAAUAGCUCCAAGCAUAAGCCAGUGUCAAAUGGCCAACAGGUUUUUGUUUGCUCUUUAGCAAACCUGUUUGGAGAGAUUUGUGAAAGCAUCGCCUGAAAACUAGGUGGUCUAAGCUCUGUUAUCCCAUUCAGCUGUUGAUUCCCUCAGGAUGAUGUUGGGUAAACCACUGAGUGUUCUGUGCUUCUGCUCGCUCUUUGUGAGGUACUUCCAUCAGUAUUUUCCUUUAGGCAUUUACUGUAACGUGCUGGAAGAAGCCCUGAUUCCCAUCUGUUCUUAUUCAAGUUCCCCACCAGAGAGCAAGUGCUGGGAAAAAAAACAAACAAACAAUACAACAAUAUCCUAUCUGCCCUUUAGGAAAAAGAGUUUUGGUGGGAAAAAAUGAAAUUAUUGGAUGUCUCUUUAUACUUCAUAUCUCACUUUGAUGUGCAGGUAAGUCACUUGAGCUGCAGUGGGAUAUGUGUUUGUACUGAAUGCUGAAUGACUUUGUGAUCGUUAUUUAAUGAAAACCACAUGUAAGGAGUUGCCAGACACGAUGCUUUGUUCUUUGCUGUAGGAUGCAUGAAACAGCCCUUACAAUCUGUGAGCCUGCUGGUGCUGUUUGUCUUUUUGGAAAUAGCUGUAUCAGUAACAGUGGGCUCCCGCUAGUCUACAUUUAGUGGCUAAUGGCUAUUGAAUUCCUUCAGCAUCGGUAAUAAUAGCCACAGGCAGAGGUUGACACAGCAGACAGUGAUUUGAAAAGAGGGAAAGUCGAAAUUAGUGAUGCAGAAGUAUUGUGGGUGUACACAAGUGGGACGACAUGCUUUCCCCAGCUUUUGCUGGCAAGGGAUGCAAUUAGUUAUAGUCAGACCCACUGGGUUUUGCAUUGUUCCUUCUCCCAAAGGACUGCUGUUUGUUCAGCUGCUUUUCCACUUGUUCUGUCUUUCCAGUCUGUAAGUCAUGCUGUGAUGUUGAGCUGAUGUAAUUUCUGUAGUUGGAGACUGAAUUCACUUGGGAAACAGGUGAAAUUCUCUGGCUAUUAAAAUAGGUUGAGGAAAUGUAUGGGAUGCACAGUCUUUUGGGGCUGCCAUUGUGGCCUGACAGAACUGCAGAUGCUGUCGUAGAGAAAACCUGUCCUGGCUGUGGGACAUGCUGGAUAUACAGUCCUGUGUGCAAGGAGAGAGAGCUGUGCAGAGCUCAAAAGGUGAGGUGAAGAGAUGUUCCUCCUCUUGGGAUUUCCUCAAUCCAGUCCUCUUUAAAAAUGCAGUUGUGACUUAGAUUUUGAUUGCUCUGGAUUUUAAUAAGGGAUGCUUUGAAUUUGAGUCUUACCUGAGAUUUUUCUGCCUUGUUGCUUUCAGUAUCCAAGACCCCAAUGCCCAUGUACCCUCCCCCCCAGAGUCUGCCAAGUGGAAGACCAUUUUGAGUUUAAAAGAUAUUUUGCAUUGCUGUUGAGCACACAUGGAAACUCUCAUAAAUAUGGUAAGGGCUCACCAGGAAACACAUUGGAGCCCAAGAAAACAGAAACUUCUAGAGUCAUAGAAUGGCUUAGGUUGGAAGGGACCCAUCCAGUUCCAACUCUGGGCUGUGGGCAAGUUGCUGCCUACCCUCCAACCUGUCAUUGGGCACCUCCAGGGACGGGGCACCCACAGCUUCUCUGGGUAACCUGUGCCAGGGCCUCACUGCCCUGUGAAUAAAGGAUUUCUCCCUGACAUCUAAUCUAAAUGUCCCUUUUUCUUUGGUUUAAUGCCAUUCCCCCUUCUCCUAACACGAUCAAAGUGAAAGGCCAGUGAAAGAUGUUAUGUCAAAAUUUGGCUCUGAAGCCGCUCUCUCUUUUCUUGUAUCAAAUCUGUCCUCUUGUUGCUGUGGGUAGUAAUUGUUCUAGUUGCUGUCCACAAAGAAAGGAUUGACAUUUUGAAGGACAGAGCUGUUUUCUGCUGGCAGUGAGCAGUGGGGAGCCGCUCACUUGGCUUCCCACAAGUGAUCAGAGCAUCCUAAGGAAAGCAACCCAAAAGGAACCAGUCUUUGAAAUGCAAUCACCCACUUAAAUUGUAGCUAAAUGUCCCAUAAAGGUUAUAGAUCUCCCAUCUGCCUCCUUUUAGGAUUUAUCUUGGCUGGGAAAACAGACAGCAGGGCCUGCUGCCUUGCUCUGAUUUACCUCGCUCACAAGCUGAAAGGACCCAAAGCCUCCUGCUGCCAGGCAUGCUAUAUCUGGCUGAGAUGGAUGGCCAGCUGUCAUCACCCAGGGAUGCGAUCGCACCCUUUCCCCUCUUGCGAAUGAGCUGUAAUCCAGGAGUAAAAAGCAGGCAGAGUUAAGGGUGCUGAGUUUUUUCCUCCAAGUUGGGAGUCGUGGAUCCAGAUCCUACCAUGCCCUUCCAAGUAUGGAGGAGGUAACUGGGGAAAGAUAACAUAGGCAUAGCUGAAAAUGAGAUGAUAAUGACUAAGUUGGACUGGAAAUGUAGCUGGAAAUCAGCACCCAGAUCAAGCUGUGGGUGUCCCUGUUUUGUUUUGUUUUUUUUUCAGGGCAGUUGGACUAGAUGGCUUUUAAGGGUCUCUUCCAACUCAAACUAUUCUGCGACUCAAGGGAAUAUCAGUAAUAGAUUAUUCUGGUUUUAGGAGUAUAGCAAGGGUUACAAACUCAGCUUUCCUGGCCAUGGAUAAACAAGAGCUGGCUGUGCUGUACUCGGGUUGUUUCCACAUUAAUAUCAAUCUAUUAGCACUUCCUGGAUGUGAUCGUGUCGUUUGAAGCCAUCCUCCUUUUCCAGCAGGUUCAGAAGAUAAUUUUAGCUCUGAUUAGUGCUAUAAUUAAAUAACUGAGUCCCAGGCUGGGGCAGCAGGUGCCACCCGUGCUGCUGCUUUUUCCACCACUCAUCCUGGGGGAACGUUCCUGAGGAUGUGUUUGUGAGCACACUGCAGUAGUGUCCUGCAGAGCAUCUGGAGCCCGGCCUGCUUCGCUUCUGCUUGCUUUCUUUCUUGGUUGUUUUCUAAUAUGUUUGUGACUGUCCCCUCUGUGCUGUGCGGCCUCACUGCCAGCAUUGCACCAGAACAUAAAGGCAUUAAAUGUCCUCAGCAGAGGAGCUGAGGGGAGGCCUGAUGGUGGCUGCAGCCCCUCACAGGGAGCAGAGGGGCCACGAGGGGCAGGUGGGGGUGAAGGAAAAGGGCUGCACCAGAGGGUGGUGGGCAGGGAACAGCCUGCACAGGGCAGUGGGCACAGCCCUGAGUGCCGGAGCUCAGGGAGUGUUUGGGCAGUGCUCUCAAACAUUGGGUUUGGAUAUUGGGUGGUCCUGCGUGGAGCCAAGAGUUGGGCUUAAUGAUCUGUGUGGGUCCCUCUCACCUCGGGAUGUUCCCUUUCUCUAUAAGUACUCUUACCCUUUCGGAGGAUGUGAUCAAGGGCUCUCUGGUGUCACAUGAAUGGAUGUGGAGCUGGAGGGAAGAACAGUUCCUUAAGCCAACAUUCCAGGGGAGAAAAAGCCAUCUGAUGAAAGCAGGGAGGAGAUCUGGUGCUGGUUGCUGUGCUGGAUUUGAGCCUCUCUCUCUCUCUCUGGAUUCCAGCAGAACAGUUUGAAAUGUGCAGUUUUCAGCAUAAUGUGAUGUGCUGCAGCUAUGUCACAUCCCUUUCAUUCCCCACAGCUGUUUACAAAAGAAAAACAAAUAACUCAGCCUGCUGGGAUGGGAGCAGCUGCAGUCACUCAGCUGUCAGUGCGGGACAGGCCUUUCUGCUCCGCUUUUAUUUCCACUUCACUCUGUUCUGCUGCGCACAUUCGGUUCUUCUGUGAAUUUACAGAUUAUGAGAGUUUUUUUUUCCCCAGCUGCCUUUGAUCUGUACUGAAAGACGCACCCAGAUCUGCUCUGAAUCCAUUAAUACGUUGAGUAGGCAUUUUAAUUUUCUGUUUCCUGGCUUGUUUCCCUUUGUCAUGUUACUGAACUGACAAAUUCUCCGUACUCCGCUUCAUGUUUGGCUUUUUAAGUCUAAAACGUUUCCCCUCUCCUGAAAAGCUGUGAUAACUCCUAGUGAACUUAUCGAGGCGUUUUCCACAGAAGAAAAACUGAAUUGCUCUCAGUGCUGAUUACUACCAAAUCAAUCCUGGAGCAUGUAAUUCUUUUUACACCGCGAACAAAGUACAUUUUAUACCAUCAUCUGCAGCUUGAAUUGUAGUUUAGAAGCCUGCUGAAGCCCUAAAAGCUGCAUUUUGUUUGCAGCUCCCAUGCCAGUGAAAUGACAGCAUUAAAGGAAUUUCCUGGGCUGGAGCUUUUCCCACACAUUUGGCCGUCUUGCAAAGACCCGCUGUCUUUCCCCCCCCCCCC